CCGAUUUUCAUCCGAAAAAAGGAUGUGUUACUUUAAUACUUCUCUAUCCGGAUGUUCGCUCCUCUCUUUUUUUGCCUUAAAGAUUAGGAAACUUUCUUCGAAGAAAAGUCGCAAAAAAUACUUUGCCAGCAACGUUAAUUUAAGUAUUUAUAGUUUAAAAAAAAAGUUGAUCGUGAAAAAUAAAACAUGUAUGUAUUUUCUGCUAAUUGUUUUCACUACAGUCUUUUUAUGUUUCUAUUACCGAACGAAUGCAAUAUUUUAUAAACGUUCAAUUAGAACUUAUAAAAAUUAUGUCGAAGCUCCAGAACCGGGUUUCUUGGUUUAUUCUGAAGAAUGCCAAAUACCCGAUUUCGAUCCCUACGAUGAAACAGUCAAACGUUUCGUACAAGUGCAUGAAACCUUAAAUUGUUCAAAAAAAUAUCCUUCAUUCACAUUUACUCGAGGAAAUCAAUUGUUUCUGAACACAUCUCACGAAAUUUUUCGAGAAAAUAACAUUUAUUGCUGCUACAGACCAUUUUAUCGACCGUACGAAGCAAAGCGAGAUGACGAGAUUAGGUAUGAGAAAAGAUGCAUAAAUUUCACCAGUGAAACAACAGUUAACGACGAGUUUGUGUUAGUAGAAUGCUGGAAAAACAAAACAAUUAUUUAUAAAAUAUUCCACAGCUUCAUCCACGAUAAACCAUGGGUAGAAGCGAGGAACACGAGGAUUAAGCAAUUAUUAAAGAAGAAAGACUUGUAUAGCGUUAUGAUCAUCGGAAUAGAUUCGGUAUCGCGUUUGAAUAUGCACAGGCAGCUGCCAAAGACUUUGGAAUACUUGAAGACCAAUAUGGAUGCCAUCGAAAUGUAUGGCUACAACAAAGUUGGAGAUAAUACUUUUCCUAAUCUGAUUCCUCUUCUAAGUGGUUAUCACGAGAAAGAAAUUGCGUUCUGUAGAGAAAGUGAUAUAGUUGUGAUUGACAAGUGCCCGUUGUUAUGGAAGAAGUUCCAGGAAUUUGGCUAUAGAACCUUCUAUGCGGAAGAUACUCCUCACAUUUCCACCUUUAACUACGUAAAACCUGGAUUUAGCCAGCAACCCACCGAUUACUAUUUCCGUCCGUUUAUUUUAGAAGCCGAAGAUAAUCUAGGAUGGAACUUUCGAGGAAAUUGUUACCAAUGUGUUGGUCCUAUUUCGGAAACGGAAGCGGUCUUAUCGUGGUUAGAAUCUUUUGCUAAAAAUUUUAAUACUCGUUCGUAUUUCGCCUUCGCGUGGAUCAACAGCCUGACUCACGACUUCCUCAAUUAUGGCUCUUACGGCGACAGUUAUUACGCAGAUUUCUUUCGAAAAUUACACGAAUCGGGAGAUUUGAAGAACACUGUGGUCAUUUUCAUGAGUGAUCACGGCAUGCGGUGGGGUCCUAUCAGAAGCACUUACAUCGGCAGAUUAGAAGAAAGGUUACCCGCUGUCCUGAUAUCUUUUCCUCCUACUUUUCGAGAAGAGCAUCCCGAUUUAAUGCAAAAUGUUCAAAUUAAUGCAUAUAGAUUAACAACUCCUUUCGACCUGUUUGCUACCCUAAACAAUCUAUUGGAUAUUCAAGAAAAUACCCUUCAAAUGGAUUAUUGGUCCGUACCUCACGAAAUUGCGUCAAACUACAUUCGUAGAGCCCGAUCUAUUUUUCAAGUCAUCCCGAAGAACCGCAGCUGCAGCGAUGCUUCUAUCGAUGAACAUUGGUGUACGUGUCAACAAUCAAAAAGCGUAUCAGUUACAAAUGAAGAAGUGGUCCACGUAGCCGAUUAUCUACUAGAAAUACUAAAUAGCAAAUUGAGGAAUUACGUGAAGUGUGCUACAUUAGCGAGGAAGAACAUCCUCGACGCUCGAAUGCGGGCUCCUUCAGAACACUUAGCAGCUACCGAGAAAUACAACAUAUUUGAUUAUUCGGUGACAUUGAGAACUAUACCAGGGAAUGGGUUAUUCGAAGCGACUGUUAGAUUUGUUCCUAAAAAUCAUACUCACGCUCUUUUGGGUGAUAUCUCGCGAUUAAAUCUAUACGGUAAUCAAUCUUCUUGUGUACAAAAUGCUAAUAUAAGGAAAUAUUGUUAUUGUAAAUAAUAAGUUAUUUAUUUAUUGAGAAUCUAAUUCUUUACUUCUUAUUUAUUUAUUAGUAAAAUUUUCUAUUGUAUUGAUAGAUUGUGCGUAAUUUCGGUAUAGUAGGAGAAGGGGGCAGGAUGAGGACGUUAAGGUUUGAAAAGUCGUAAGAUGGCAACCAUUUUGAUGAGAACAAUAAUUUUUUUAUUCUCGGCAACUACAACAUUUAGUAAUAUAUAAUACAAAAUUUAAUUUUUGAAAAACGUUUUUAAAAACGAGAAAAUUUUAUAUUUUAAAAUUGUACGUAAAUGCACCAUCUCGCCCACCCGAGGGGUAAGACGGGAAUAUUAUUUUCAU